AUGGCACCUCCAGCGCCGGAAAUCUCAGUCUCCGACCUUACGUACACCUUUCCUGACUACUCCACUGGUGUGAACAACAUUACUCUCAAUGUGCCGCCACGCUCACGUACGCUGCUGAUCGGUGCCAACGGCGCCGGCAAGACGACGCUGCUCCGGCUGCUGGCCGGCAAGCGGCUCGCGCCCGGCGGCAGCAUCAGCGUCUCGGGCGCGGACCCGUUCAAGGACGGCCUCGAGGGCGUCACCUACCUGGGCCUGGAGUGGGUGCUGAACCCCAUUGUGCGGACCGACAUUGGCGUCAACGAGCUGCUGCGGUCCGUCGGCGGCGACGCGUACCCGGAGCGGCGCGACGAGCUCAUCGGCGUGCUCGACAUUGACACCGAGUGGCGCAUGCACGCCGUGUCCGACGGCGAGCGGCGCCGCGUGCAGCUCGCCAUGGGCCUGAUUCGCCCCUGGACCGUGCUGCUGCUCGACGAGAUCACCGUCGACCUCGACGUGCUCAGCCGCGCCGAGUUCCUCGGCUGGCUCAAGCACGAGACCGACAUUCGCGAGUGCACCAUUGUCUACGCCACCCACAUCCUCGACAACCUUGCCGGCUGGCCUACCCACCUCGUCCACAUGCACCUGGGUACCGUCCGCGAGUGGGGUCCCGCCGAGCAAUUCCUCGGCGAUACCCAGGGCACGAGCACUGGCAACAGUCAGCUGGGCGAGCUCGUGCUGGGCUGGCUCAAGUCGGACUUGAAGAGUCGUGGCCCCAGGAACCACGCCAAGCUGGGCAAUGCCGGUAGAAGUUACAUCGUUGGUGGUUUCGGAGGCUACGGUGACGAGAGCACCGAGAAGAGCACAGAGACCAAUUGA